AUGGCUAGCAACAACUCAGAGUCAAAGGAUGUGCGACACAAGAUUGUCCUCACAAGAGAUCUUGGACCAGACGUUAUGGGUUUGCUACGAGAUAGAGAGGAGAAUUACCUGGAACUCGUCCUCUGGGAUAAAGAGGAGCCCUGUAAUAGAGAUUGGAUAUUGAAAAACGCACCUGGUGCUUCUGCUCUAAUCGUUCUCAUCACUGAUAAGAUCGACACAGAGAUUUUAGACGCUGCUGGUCCUAAGCUACUCGUCGUCUCAACUAUGUCUGUUGGAUAUGAGCAUCUUCCUAUGAAAGAGUUAGCAAAACGAGGCAUAAAGGUUGGCUAUACCCCUGAUGUUCUCACCGAUGCAGUUGCGGACAUAACCAUUAUGCUGGCGUUGAUGGCAGGCCGUAACGCGCGAGAGACAAUGAACAUUGUAAACGAGGGAAAAUGGCCGGAAUACAAUUGGGCACCGUUCCUUUUCUGCGGUCGCCAGUUAAGCACAUCUGCCUCAUCGCGCAAACGCACGGCAGGGUUCAUUGGCUUUGGACGGAUUGCACAAGCCACUCUGUCCCGGCUUAUCCCUUUUGGCUUUACUGACUGCAUCUACACGUCGUCUCCCUCCUCCAAACCUACUCCCACGCGGGACGCACAGCUCGCGCAGACUCUCGGCCUACGUUCUGUGCGGCGUGUUAACCUUGGUACAUUGGCUGAGGAGAGCGAUGCUGUGUUUGUCUUGGCCCCUGGCGGCGAGGCCACACUCAAUUUGGUAGAUGAACAAUUUUUGAGGAAGAUGAAGAAGACCGCAGUGCUGGUUAACACGAGUAGAGGUACCCUCGUUGACUCGGAUGCCCUUGCAAAGGCACUUAGGGAACAGUGGAUAUGGGGCGCAGGGCUGGACGUUGUCAAGGGCGAACCAGGAAUUUCUGCUGAUCACCCGCUGGUCAAGGAGCAAAGAUGUGCUAUCUUGCCUCACAUUGGGAGCGCCACCUACGAGACUCGGGUCGAGAUGGGCACGUUAGCAGUCCAAAAUGCUCUGGCAGCCAUUUUUGAAAAGCCUAUGCCUGCUGCGUUUGAUCUGACGGGAUACCAGUAG